AGGAGAGCUGCGCGGCCACCAAGGCCCGCCGCCGCCGCCGCGCCGUCGAUGCCUUGACCUUAGCACGCGCGUAGCAGGGCCGAGCCAAGGCGGCCGAGCGCGGCCCCAGAGGCGGACCGACCGACCGACCGGGCUGCCACCAUACGUCGAGAGCACGCGCCGCGGGCCCGGCCGACCAGUACCGAACCCGUCAGUGGCAGUGCUGCGAGCGGCGCUACUGGUCUGUCGCGCUGGCCGGAGCCCCCUCGCCGACCGCGGCUUUAUCGCAAACUACUGCGCAAGUGGAGAAUUGUUCAAUGAUAGCUGACCGGCUUUGUUAUGUUAAUACCGCAUUCCGAUCUGUGGAACGCGGCCGCUGAUUGGCUGGCCCCGCGGCGUGGUGUGACGUCACCCGGGAAUGGAAUGCUCGUACGGUUCAAGAUGGAGGGCGGUGUGCACGUCGGUGUGUGAGCGCGGUGCCCGGUGGUGAAUUCAGUGCGGAAAAUGCCGCGGAAUCGGAACGGUGAGAUGCCUCUGCCCGACGGAUGGGACAUGGCACGUGAUGUGGACGGAAAAAUCUACUUUAUCGACCAUACGACCAAGAAAACGACCUGGGUGGAUCCGAGGGAUAGGUACACAAAACCCCAGUCAUUCUCGGACUGCGUGGGCAAUGAACUGCCUCUGGGAUGGGAGGAGGCCUACGACAACAACAUCGGCGUCUACUACGUCAACCACGUGACCAAGAGCACCCAGAUCGAGGACCCGCGCGAGGAGUGGCGGCGGAUGCAGGAGUCCAUGCUCAAAGACUACCUGGUGACCGCUCAGGAGCACCUGGAGGCGAAGCGGGAGAUCUUCAACCUGAAGCAGGAGCGGCUCAAGAUCCUGCAGGAGGAGUACCUACAUCUCAACAACGCCAUGACCAACCUGAGCGCCUCAAAGACGAGCGUAUACUCGCACUCGAGUCAAGGCAGCGUGGGCACGCGGUACGACCCCGAGUCGCUGAAGGGAGACGUGGCGGCGGCCCGGGGACGGGUCCAGUCACUGCGGCUCGAGCUCGAGAGGAUGAGGACAGAGAUGGCCUUCAGAGAGCGCGGGGUCGAGACGCUGGCACAGGUGGAGAUGAAGAUGACCUCUCUGCGCUCACCCUACACCGUCUCCGAGGCCGAGGCCAUCAUCGAGGAACUAACCAACAUCGACCGGUCUCUGACCUCUGGCGAACGGGAGAAGCAGCAGCUGCUGCAGUGUCUGUCGCAGCUGCGUCACGAGCUGCAGCGGCUACAGCCGGCGGCGGACGGCUCCGCGCCCGAGGAUGUCGCCUACGGGCUGGCGGCCUCGCAGAAACUGAGCAUCGCCUCACAGACAGAUCUGUCCAGUGAUGUACGACCAAUCGGGGCCCGGCUGGCCGACGUCGCCCGGCUGCGACUUCAGUAUGAGGAGUCAAGGAAGCAGGUCCAGGCGAUACAGCACCAGCUGGCCGACAUUGAGGAUCGACUGCAGCCCGAACAAACCGAAUCGGACAAGGAUAGGUUGCUGCUGAUCCAGGAGAAGGAACAGUACCUGAGGGAACUGCAGCGGGUGGCAGCGAGCCAGCGGUCCGGAGACGAGGCUGACUCGAUCCAGAGUCGCAUCUACCGACUGCAGAUCGACAUACAAGAGGCGAUGGAAAUGUCCAAUACUAUCAUUGCCGACCGGUUACGACUAUACGAGGACCGGCAAUCACUCUUGGCGGGCCUGCGAGACGCCAUGACGCGCAUGGUUCAGUUAGAGACACAGCUGCGCAGCUCAGCCAGCAGUCUCAGCAUCAGCAGCAGUAGCAGUCUGGGCAGCCUCAGCAGCCACGCCAGCAGUCUGUCCAGCCUCAGCUUCACCGAUAUCUACGGCCUGCCCCAGUACGCCGAGCCCGCGGGCGGCGGUGGCGGAGGCGGCGGGGGCGGUGGCGGCGGCUCCGGAGUAGACAUGGUGGACCUGCAGCGGCGGGUGGAACGUCUCCUGCACGCCAGUGACGGCGAGCUGCAGCCGGCGUCUCUGUCUCCCCGCUCCUCUCUCGAGUCCGUCUCGCCGCCCGUCUCACCGUUCGAGGCGGCACCUCCGCCCGCCUACGAGCGCGCCGACUCGGCGGGCGCCGUCGGUGGGCCCGAGCCGCCCCUCUCGCCGAUCCUGGAGGCCGAACUGGACGCGGCCGUGGCCGGCGAGCGACCCGUCUCAGCGGCGGUCAGCAACGAGUCCGUGGCCGGAGACUCGGGUGUGUUCGAGGCGUGCAGCCGCCGCCUACUGGCCAGUCUGGAGACUGCCCAACUGCAGGUCCGGCUGCGCUACGCGCUGGCCGAUGGAGUUCUCUACGUGGGCAUCGAGCGAGCUCGGAACCUUUCGGCGCUCUCCGUGCCGGAAGGCCUGCCUGUAUACGUGAAGGUGGCGCUGUUGCCCAACCCUCCUGCCGGCUUCUUCGCGUGUCGCACCCACCCUGUGACGGAGCUGGAGAGGCCCACGUUCGGCGAGGUGUUCCCGUUUCCCAUUCAGCCGGACAGACUCGUCUCAAAGUCGCUCAAAAUCAACGUCUGGACGGCCGAGGAGGAGGCGGAUGACAUCUGCUUGGGAAGCACCCAGGUCAGUCUGGCCGAGUUCAGUGCCAGCGACACCUCACUGAAGUGGUAUAACGUGAUGUCGAUGUCGGACCCGCCGGCAGCCGCCCACUUCCACUUCGGAUCUGACGUGUUGGAGGCGGCAGCGGCAGCCGCAGCCAGCUCGCGGGAUGAGGCGCCUCACGACUCCCGAGCCUCAACUAUGACGGGCCCUCCCGAGGACUAUUCGCCCUUGGAGGAAAUGUCGCUGCUUGACAGCGGCAUGGCUCUCUCCGCGGAAACAGAGGACAAGGGUACCAACACAGAGUGUGUGUUCGGUCCGGACCGCUCCCUGCGCACACCGUCCCUGGCCGGUUGCGGCGGCGCCCGGCCCAAGACGCCCACCGUCAAACGCUCGCAGACGUUCUCACCGAGCGCGGCCGUCAGUAAGAACCAGUACGUAUGUCGGCUGAACCGCUCCGACUCGGACUCUGCCAUUCCGACGGUGCGUCGCGGGGGCAGCUUCCUGCGGGGUGCCGCCGAGCGUCGCUCGCUGCGCUGGAAGCUGGCGCCGCAGACCACGCCGCCGUCUGCGGCCGCCCACCGGCGCACCCAGUCUGUGCGACUGCGUAGCAGGACGUCACUCGACCUGGAGCUCGACCUCAAGGCGCAGCAGCUGAAGCUGCAGAACAUGCACGAGGAGAUCGGGAUGCUGCGCACGCUGAAGGGAAAGCUGGAGGAGGUGAAGGAAGCGCCCGAGAAACUGAAGGAAGGCGACUUCGUGGCGGCCGUCAUACGUGAGUUGGAGCGAACCAGCCCGCGGGAGGCCCCUCAGACACCCGAGGACAAGAGGGUCGAGAAACUGCUGAGGAAAACCUCCAAGGACGUCUACAAACUGAGGAGGAGCAAGUCCACCACGCCCGGAAAACCCGACAUGGAAGCAUUCAAGGAGCGGAUGUACUUUUUCAUCCAGACGGCUCCGACGUGCCCGGUGGCCGUCACGGAGGAGCGCUGCUCUUCGGACGGCGCCGACACCGACACGGAGCCACCGAGCAACCGGAGCACGCUCAAGCGCGGCGCCGCCUGUCCGUACGACUGCGGCGCCAGUGCGGCAGACGAGGAUGAGGAGGGGAGCGUCGAGUCGGGCCGGUCGACUCUGACGCGCGGCGCCGCGCCGCCCGCCGCGCUGGGAGUGCUCUCCUCCGAGCGCGUGCUCCAGCAGCUGGAGGAGGCCUGGAGGAGGGACGAGCCGUCGGCGCCAACCGUGCGGACCACCGCGGGUAGUGAGGUCUGCCCCGGCGGACAGGAGCAGAAGAGGUUCACCUAUGUGGUGGAUCGAGAGUUUGGGGUCGAGGUCUAAAUCAAAAUGCAAUGCUCACGUAGAUAAGAGAGAGGGAGACAACUGCAAUACUGAGAUUCGGUAGCUGUGCCGGUUGCCUUACUGUUGUUAAGAAGAGCGGGGAUGUAGCGGUGUAUCGGCGUCGGCGUUUCGUGAUGCCGGCGCCCCUGUUGUCGCAUUGUGCCACAAAGUGCAUUCACAAUCAUGUUGCUGUCAGUUUGUUACAUCCAUUGUUUACAAAGGGCUUUACGUAGAGCUGACAAUAUAUGUGUGUGCGCGCGCGAGUGACUGCGGGCCGUGUGUCAAAUCUCAGGUCAGUGUUGCGCCGGCGCGCCGUGCCGUCGGCAGCCUCUGCCAAAUCUGCCUUGGACGGCUGCGCGCGCGUGCGCCCUUCCGACCGCACACUGAUCCUCUGCCAUUGUAAAAAGUAGACGAUUUAACUCAGUAGCGUGUUUAUUUCUGAAAAUAUAAUAUAUGAAUAUAUGAAGGAGACGAACA